AUGGCUGCCAAUUACGUCUCCAAGGAAGCAGACGAGAUUGCCGCUGUUCAGGCUAGCCCAGCUUCAAUCACCAGCUCGUCACAUGGAACCACCCCUGAUCUCGACGACAACUAUCAUCUUUAUAAACGCAAUGAUGAACAAGAACUUGAUCCAGCCGCGUCCAAGAGAGUUUUGCGGAAGCUUGAUUCGCGAAUUGUGCCGGUCCUGUUCCUCAUCUAUCUAAUGCAAUAUCUCGACAAGAAUGGUAUAAACUACGCCAGCGUCUAUGGGCUGCAGAAGGGCACACACCUCCAUGGUCAGAACUAUUCGUGGCUUGGAUCCAUUUUUUAUUUUGGCUAUCUAUGGGCCCAGUUUCCUGCUGGAUGGGCCCUUCAACGUCUCCGGAUAGGAAAGGUUGUUGGAACGACUACGAUCAUCUGGGGCAUCAUACUCAUCACCACUCCGGCCUGUUCUUCUUUUGCAGGGAUAGCAGUCAACAGAUUUCUCCUGGGAUCGUUCGAGGCUGUGGUUAAUCCUGCAUUCAUUUUGAUCAUGUCAAUCUGGUAUACUGCUGCCGAACAACCUCUGAGACUAGAAUCUUACUAUUGCACCAAUGGCAUCGCAACAAUGUUCGGCGGGUUGAUAGGUUACGCCGUCGGACAUAUCACCACAGGACUCGAGCGCUGGCAGUACGUGUUCAUCAUCUUUGGAAGCAUCAGCAUCGCCCUGGGUAUUCUGGCUCUGUUGAUACUUCCCGACCUUCCAUCGACGGCAAAGUUCUUGACAGAUGACGAGAAAGUCGUCGCGGCGAAGAGAGUGUCUGCAAACCGUCAAGGCAUCAAGAAUCGACAUUUCAAGAAGUACCAAGUCAUUCAAACUAUUCGAGAUCCCAAGACCUGGAUUUUGUUUGUCAUGGCCGUUGGGGCUCAAGUUCCCAACUCGGCGAUCACUCAGUUCACCAGUAUCGUCAUCAAAUCCUUCGAUGUCGACACUCUGGGCACGCAAUAUCUUCAGAUUCCUGGUGGAGCGAUCCAGUUUCUUGCGCUCAUUGGAGGAGGGUUCAUCUGCUCGAGGUGGCCUAAUCUGCGAUGCCCUACCAUGAUAGUAGCCAACAGCAUUUGCAUUAUCGGCUCAGGCUUGCUCGUUGGCCUUCCAAACAGCAAUAAAUGGGGCCGACUCGUUGGGCUUUGGCUUUGCUUCUUCCAAGGUCUUGGAUUUAGCAUGAGUUUGACCAUGGUGUCCUCAAAUGUAGCAGGAUACACGAAGAAGCAGCUUACGGCGGCGAUAUUGUUUGUGGGCUAUUGUGUGGGAAACAUCAUUGGUCCUCAAACAUUCAAGAGCAGUGAGGCGCCUCACUACCACUCCGCCUAUGUGGCUAUGAUGGUUGGUUACAUCAUCAAACUUGUCUCAAUUGUCGUGCUCUACAUUUACAUGUUCUCUGUGAACAAGAAGAGAGACCGAGAAGCUGCAGAAGCUGGUCUAGUUGGUGAAAUCGCAGAAAGGGAGGCUAUCGAACGAGGAAUGCACGAUACUACUGAACUAGAUAACAAAGGAUUCAGGUAUACCCUUUGA